AUGCCGCUAUCGGAAGACACAGAGAAGGGCGAUGUUCCAUCAUCAGCAUCAGCUGAAUCAGCUGAUCCAUCGAUCAAGAAAACAUUGAUGAGUCCGUGGCUUUCAGCAUAUCACAAUGCAGUUGCUGGUAUCAAAGCUGGAUCAAAUUGCAUGCGAUUGGUGGAUGUCUACGGCGACGGGGACGCAAAACUCGUGAUAGCAGAUGGGGACCAGCGGCUAAAGAUGUUCAAAGGUUCAUCACUCCAUGGCGAGCAAGCUAUCCUUGGAGUACCAUCGUCCCUGAGCUACUUUUACUCGGACAAUAGUCGACCUCGAAUUCCAGCAAUUGCAGUUGCAUCGGGCCCAUAUAUCUUCAUAUACCGCAACUUUCGCCCCCACUACAGGUUCACAGUUCCAUCCAGGUCCCGGACGCGCUCACGCAAUUUUCAACAAUGCGGAAUUCGCUUGUCGGAGCGUUCGCGGGGUCUGCUAGCGAUUGACAAUAUAGAAGAGCAAGCCGAAUACGUGUCGAGGUUUAUGGACGAUCAACUAGUCGAGCGAUCUUUCGUGACUUGCAUGACGUCUAUUAACAAGAGUAUGGACGACAAAGAUGCUGUAAGCUGUCUUGUCGUCGCAAGUGAGAGCUGCAUGGUGUAUGUGUUGGAUCCUCAAGGCACAACCGUUAUCCAACAGAUAAAAGUUCCUGGAGUGCCUGUUGAAAUCGUUGCUGUGGGACUGCUGGACAUCGAAUAUCGUCUUGUCAUGACAACACGCAACAGCACCGUGUACACAAUAAAGAAUGGAGAAUUGCUGAGGUCAGUGAUUGAGCUGGAAUUACCUGCGUGUGGUCUCGUGCAACUCGAUAAGAGCAUCGUGAUUGCAUCGAUGAGCCGAAAGCUCACGUCGUACCACCUCAAAGGCAAAAAAAAUUGGAGUUUAACUAUGGGUGACGAUAUUGUUGCCCUUGAAGCAUUUAGUCUUCGUCGAACCAAAGAAACUCGAGGUGUUAUCGUGGCAUUGCACAACGGCGAAGUCACGUUGUACAAUGAAAAGGUCAAGGUGUGCACUUUAAGCACGGACAUGGUGCUUACAGGAAUGCGAUUUGGUCAAUAUGGACGCGAGGAAGCCUCGCUUGUUCUCGUGCAAAAGAGUGGUGCUCUUUCAUUGAACAUUCUAAAACGUACAGCCAGCUUAGAUGCGAUCUCAGCGGCGGCCGGUCCUCCACCGGAGCAAGACAUCCCACUUAACAUCCCUAAGAAAACGACAUUGUACCUUGAGCAAACUCAACGCGAACGAGACCAGGCCACAGAAAUGCAUCGUCACUUUCAGCGUGACUUGUGCAAAUUGCGCUUGAACACAGCACGUGCAUAUGUUAAGAUUAUCAAAGAUGGACAUGGGUUGGUCUCGUACUCGACGGGUGCAGCCAUCCGUCUGAACGCACAAGUGCUGGGAAUCGGUCCGUCCUUUCGAAUCAAGUUAAACAUUCAGAAUGCCGGUUUUAAAGCGGUAACCAGCAUCACUGUCGCUUUCCAAUUCGAUCACGAGUUGUAUUGUGUAAAGCAAAGCCUCAUACCUAUACCGCUUUUGAUUCCUAACGUGCUAUAUCAUUAUGCCGUUGACGUGGACAGCAUCUCUCAGCUUGGCGCUGCGGAUAAUGUAUCUAUUUUCGUGUGCGCGAAGGAAAGCAGCAUCCCUCUCGUUUCUGCCAUUAUAAGCAUGCCGCUAUGUGAAUCCAAGAUACUCUUCUGUCUUGUAAAUUGCCUUCAAAAGUAG